AUGUUUUCCAACAGUAGAAACGUUCUUAUCACCGGAGGAACGCUAACUCAUGUGGAAGGAAGUUCAUCGGGAAUCGAAGCCCUGUACUCAAAAGUGGCUCCAGGAGCUUUUCAUAACUCUGGAGAGCGCGUCGAUGCUCCGAAAUGCCAUCCAAACACAAGAUUGGCUAUUCAACGUGAGAUCCUCCAGUGGCUAGAGGAUCCAAGCGGCUCUCUCCUCAUGUGGAUGUACGGACCCGCUGGAGGUGGAAAGACCGCAGUCGCGCAAACCAUUGCACAAAUCUGCUUUGAGCGGGGUUGGCUGUCUGCUGCUUUCUUCUUCUCGAGAAGGGGCGACUCGACACGCAGUGACGAAGGAAAACUUGUUCCUACCCUAGCAUAUCAGCUAGCGAAACACAUCCCCGAAACCCGACCUUACAUAUCCUCAGCCGUCCUCGAGGAUCCAUCGCUGUUCGAUCUGUCCAUUCAGACACAGAUCAGAGAAUUGAUCCUCACACCCCUUCGUCAGGCCGCUUCUUCGCUAUCAGUCCCCCUCCUUCCAAGGGCAAUAAUUAUAGACGGCCUGGACGAGUGCUUGAACCAGGAAGCUCAAGUUCUGAUCGUUGAAGAAUUCACGCAUGCUCUCCAAGAGAUGCAGCAAAUCAUGCCACACAAACUAAUCAUCGCGAGCCGCCCCGAACAACGUCUAGCAGUCGCCUUCGAAGAAUGCGAUGCCGAACAGAUCCUCAAGCGAUUGUCGCUGGACAGCACUUGGCAGCCUGAUGACGACAUUAAGCUCUUCUUCCUGCACAAGUUCGCGGAAAUCCGACGAAGACAUCCACUUGGAAAGAUGAUCAAGGACGCAUGGCCUUCAGAAGCUGACAUCAACACGCUCGUACGCAAGUCUUCCGGUCAGUUUAUCUUCGCCUCGACGGUUGUCAGCUACGUUAGCUCACGUCGACACCAUCCGGUCGAACGCCUCAAGAUUGUUCGUGGCUUGACGGAAGACCCAAAGAACCCACCAUUUGCCGAAUUGGAUUCCCUUUAUCGGCACAUCCUUCUCUCUGUCGAGGAUAGAGAUCUGCUCCUUGUCGUCCUUCGUGUCUCUCUUAUGUCACUUGUUGGAACGAUGAGCGCUCGUCUUCAAAUUUCCGAACCGCUGAAGGUUGCCCGGUACCUCUCGGACCUACCUGACGGUGCUAUUGAGCUGCUCCUCAACGACCUCUCUUCUGUCCUCGCAAUCAAGACUGGGAAAAACGGUUCACAGAUAGAUUUCCAUCACGCAUCGUUUCCCGAUUUUCUCUUAGACCAGCAUCGCGCAAAAGAAUUCUACGUCAAUGACGACAAGAUAAAUGGCUAUUUGGCAAAAGGACUCUUAAGCUUGCCUCUCAGAUAUCCUGAACAAGAUUUGAAGGAUUUCUGGUCAUGUACCCUCACCUGUCCGCUUCAUUUCUUGCGAAACAUGUCUGAAGUUGGUCUCUCGUCUUGCCAUGCUCUGGGUGACGUAGAUUUGGAAGCCGUUCUCCACAUUGCCGCUGUGCAGUCGAGACGUGAUGAAAUUCCUGGCCGUUCUGUGCACGACAGAAUCGUCAAAUUUAUUCGGGAUAUACAGCUUAUGGAUGCAUCUCUUCCAAAUUCGGGAACGCCCCCCUUGUCCAAACUGCUCGCCAGGUAUCAAACCUGGGUACAUGCGCAACUCCGUCAAUUCUUCUUCAAUGGAUUCGACAACGAUGCCGGGAUCGAUAUCACGAUAUUUUCGCGUGCCGAUAAAGCAGCUAGGGCCUCCCUCGAAGUAACAUCAAGCAUUAUUUUGGCGCGAGUGCCGAUGGUCCUUCAUAUACUGGCAACCGCUCUCAACUUGCCAGGAGUCCCUGCCGCUCCAGUGAUGACCGACGACAUGGUGUUGUGCUGGAAGCUCAUGCACUUCUUUCGCGACUAUUUCGACUUGGCGGAUCUUUGUGGAGUGUAUGCCAUGACGGCCGCCAGAUCAGCGAAGGCGGCCUGCUUAUGUAUGAGAUAUCUGAUGACCUUGAACGCGCGUGACGUACCUUCUUCGAACACGAGAGGAAACCCCGAAAUGUUCAGAGAAGCAAUCCGUAGCGCAAUCCACCUCCUUCCACUAUCUGCGUCCCAUUCGGAACUCGUUUCGCACUGUUGUACGGUCCUCAACCUACAAGGAGACAGCGACUUGAAUGACGACAGUAACGCGCUGAAGGAGCUGGAGGAACAAGAGCAACGAGUGAAUCUGUUCAGACGUGCGUUCAGCUUUUGCGAAAGGUUCUUCAGGACCCAGCUUCCCUCAGAUGAGGAGUGGACGGAACAAGACAAAAAGUUGGCCGUGUCGAUCGGCGAAGCCAUCGUGAGCUACCUAUAUCGGAUAUAUCGUUGGGAGAAGCGGCAGAGAAUUCGAAACGCCACAACCCCUCUUUACCUCGCCGAUGACGCGAUGCAAUGGUCAGCAGAACCAGUAUCUCAAAUCCGCAGCUGA